AUACUGCUGGCAAUAAAAAAUCAAACGUCAACGUUUUACGUCAACUUUUUUUCAUUUAGCUGUCACUUUGAGAAGUUGGCGAUUCAUUUUGAUCUCGUGGAAUUUAGUAAUUUCGUGUUUUAAUUUUAAUUAUUGUGAUAAUAAUUAGUGUUAAUAAUUCAAAAUGGCCGACCAACAGAAUGCACAAGCCGGUGAUGCAGGCCCACCAAAGGGCAUCCCCGCAUUCAAGGCUCAUGUGGCUGCCAACAAGAUAGACGUGGCCAUGUGGGCCAUCCGUCUAUUGACCGUCACACUGGUGCUCGGAUACAUAUUCCCAUUCUUUAUCAAUGCGGAGUCAGCAUUCUACAAAGCCCUGCUGGCCAACGCGGCAAUAUCCGCCCUGCGUCUUCACCAGCGUAUCCCGGCGCGCGAGAUCGCCCUGUCCAGAGAGUUCCUCACCCGGCUGUUCCUGGAGGACAGCGCGCAUUACCUGUUCUACUCGCUCGUGUUCAUGAACGCCACGCCUAAUCUGUUGAUUCUGCUGCCGGUAUUCCUGUUUGCAUUCCUGCACUCCGCCUCGUAUUCACUCACCAUCUUGGACACGCUCGGCCAGAACUCGAUCCCCAUCGCCCGGCUGCUCAUAGCCCUGGUUGAGUUCAAGUCGCGCGACAUCCUCAUCUACGCCGCGUUCGCCGAGCUGCUGCUGUUCCCCGCCGUGGUGGUCAUGGCCUUUUUCGGCUACUGCGGCCUCCUAACUCCCUUCGUGUACUACUACUUCGUGUCGUGGCGCUACACGUCGCGCCGCAACCCGUACACGCGCAACACGUGCCGCGAGCUGCGCGUGCUGGCCGAGAGAGUGGCCGCGUGGCCGCGCACGCCCGCCGUGGCCAGUAGAGGGAUAUUGGCUGCUGUUGGGUUGGUCUGUCGUAUGGCUCCCCCUAUGGAGGUUCAGCAGUAAAGAAAAUGAAUUGGCUAUAGCUGCAACGUCGGACUACCCAGAAGUUGAUGCCAAUUAUAACGUAAUUUGUGAGGAAAGAUACGUUUCUCUACAAUAUUUGAAACACUGGAUGUGACUUGUGCAUAAAACAAAGCAAUAAAAUAUUGGCGGGAAAAUCCCUGACGCCACCUUUUGGAAUAAAAGUUUUUGUACCAUACCCUCAAUAAUGCAGUACAAAUGUGCAAGUAUUGUGAGCAAAGCAAUUUUUACCGUAAAAUUUAUACAUUGAUAAUGCCAUUAUUAUUAUUCUAAGGUUUCUAAAAUGGAACUUAUUAUACAUCAGAAAAUGGAACCGCGGUAUUUAUUUUACUGUUUAUAUUUAAACUAGUAUUAUACACUGUAUUAUUGUUCGUACAAUUUUUAGCUCAACUAUUGUUCUUUCUUUUUGUAUAUAGGUACAAGUAUUAAGACCAGUGAACAAAAUUACCGUCAUAUCAGAAACAUUAUUAUUUUAGACAUUUUGUACUGUUCUUUGUUAGUUUUUACUGUCUCACGAAUGAAGUUUUAACUUGUGAUUUUAAACCACUACUGAAGCAAUGCAUUAAUUAUUAUUAUUUGCUGACAGCAAUAGUAUUUAUUAUUUAACUAAACGGGAAGUUAAUAUGGUAUUCAUUUAAGUUUAAUAUUAUUUUACGAGGAGGUAUGAACAACUUGGUCCAAUUUUGUUUAGAAUUGUAAGGAAACAUAGUCUAAUAUAUAAGCAUGUUGUAUAUUUUUUAUUUAUUUCACCUCAAUUUCAUAAAUUGUUAUAUCUAAAAUGGUUGUCUUUGCAUUUUGAAUAGUCACAAUUUAUUUUAGUACCAAUGUCAUUCCAACACACCUUGCAUUAAAUUUUGAAAAGAUUGAAUAAGCAAAAUAAUGUUUUUGUAUGUUACAAACCUUUUUUUACAUCGAAUACUUAUUGUGAAAUGGCGAGCUACCCUGUAUGUGUUAGUUAUAAAUGCACUUGGUUUUGGGUGAUAUGUAGUCAGGAUUUUUAAUAAAACGUUAUAAACUAUA